AUUCUGCAUCAAAGCCAGCAAGCAGUGGCAUAUGAUAGCAAAUGUGUAUUCUUCAAAGGGAAAUCACAUGGCCACCAUGAAAACAAACCCAAAUAUGUCUAUGGCUGAACUUAUCUUAGCUUCCAUCUCAAAAAUCAUAGAUUCCACAACGUGCACUGAAGAACAUGGACAUUUUAUUGAGAUUGGAAGCUACUUUUAUCGAGCAUCUAUGGCCAUUAUAGAGCUACAAGCAAUAGACCCAAUAAGAUUUGAUGAAAUCCUCCAAUCUCUAAACAAAAGCAUCAAUCUUGCAAAGGAUCUUCUGGAGAAGUUCUUGACAGGCAUUCAACAAGCCUCAGAUUCUGAACCCAUUAGCAUCAUAGAUCCACUAAAAGAGCUGAUAAAACAAAUGGGUGAAUGCUUGAACAAGGUAGCAACCUAUAGUUUUGAGGAUCAGAAUUAUGUGAAAAUGGCUAUUCUAUCACUUUCAGAUGAGAUGCAGAAUAUAUCCUCUAAAAUUGUCACAGCUCAAGCCGUAAUUAACGAGCAAGAGAUGCGAGCUUCUUCGUCGGAUGAACAACCAGAAGUUAUUGAAAAUGAUCUAUACCCCAUUGACAUGGACUGGGACACAAACAAUACACAAUCACCAGUUGAGUCAGAGUUGAGUGAAGCUGUUAAGUAUAGAAAUGUCACAGAAGUUUCGACAAAACGACCCUCGACAGCUAACUACAUAGAGCCUCUUUUCGAGACCUUCAUCUGUCCGUUGACGAAAGACAUCAUGGAUGAUCCGGUUAGCCUUGAAACGGGAGUGACAUACGAAAGAAAAGCAAUCGUCGAGUGGUUUGAAGAGUUUGAAGAAUCUGAGGAAGUUUUCUGCCCAGUCACAGGGCAAAAGCUUGUGUCCAAAGCUGUUAAUUCAAACAGAGCUCUGAAGUCUACAAUAGACAAAUGGAAGGAACGUAAUGAGAUAGCAACAAUCAAAGUCGCACGAGCUGCUCUGUCCCUAGCCAGUUCAGAUGAAAUGGUGCUCGAGGCAAUCAAAGACCUGUCGAGCAUCAGCAAAGGAAAGCAGUUCAACAUAGAACGGAUAUUCAAUUUUGACAUGUUGCCUUUGCUCGUCAAGUGUCUGGAGUACAGAAACAAAGAUGUUAGAUAUGCACUUCUUGAGUUAUUGCAUCAAAUGGCAGAAAUCAAUGAAGACAACAAGAAGAUAAUCUGUAACCAAUUGGACAUGUCAAGAAUGGUCAAUCUACUAUCAAGUGGUCACAGGUCAAUCCGGAACACAUCUUUGCUUCUGUUGCAUGAGCUUUCAAGAACACAGUCAUUGACUGAUCAAAUUGGUUCAGUAACUGGGGGGAUUUCGAUGCUGAUCGUUAUGAAGGACGAUAGGUCUGAUGAAUUUGCUUCAGAAAAGGCAGAUGAAACCUUGAGAAACUUAGAGACAUCUCCAACUAAUAUCAAGCUCAUGGCAGAAUAUGGACUCAUGGAGCCCCUAGUAAGGCAUCUUACUGAAGGUAAUGAGUGGAUGAGAAUAGAAAUGGCAAGCUAUCUUGGGGAGAUUGUUAUUAUACAAGAUUGUAUGGCAUAUGUAGCUGAGAAGGCCUCUCCAGCUCUUGUCGAUAUGGUGCACGAAGGAGAUACACUUGUCCGAAAUGCGGCAUUUAAAGCUUUAUUGCAAAUUUCAUCUCACAGACCUAAUGGUGAAAUACUUGCAAAAGCUGGAACUGUACAAGUCAUGGCUGAAGAGAUUUUCACUCGUAUCAUCUGUGAUGAACUUAAUGAUCCAAAAACAGAAGCAGCUGAAAUUCUGGCAAAUAUAUGCGAGUCCAGUCUCGAUCUUGAGACACUUCAAGUUAAUGCUCAUGGCUCCACUAUGAGCUCAGAUUAUAUAGUCUACAACAUCAUCGACUUGCUCGAUAUCUCGACCCCAGAUGAAUUUAGCAAGAGCCUCAUUAGAAUACUAUUAUGCUUGACAAAAUCUCCAAAAGCAAUGGACACCAUUGUUUCAGGGGUAAAAAGCACUGAAGCUUGUGAUACCCUCAUAGAGUUCCUCAAUAGCCCAGAUGAAGAACUUGGAAUUGUGGCAAUAAAACUGCUUAUAUCACUGUGCCCUUACAUGGGCUUCACAAUGGCAGAAAGACUCUGUGAAACCAGUGAUCAAGUGGAGAAUCUUAUCAGUAGCAUUACUUGGACAGACCAAGUCACAGAGAGGCAGGCACUUUCAGCAACAUUCUUAGCAAAACUACCUCACCAGAGCCUGGCUCUAAACACCGUUCUUGUGAAGAAGAACAUUGUGUCCAAGAUCAUGGAAACAAUCGAUCAAAUACCGAGCGGUGGAAUGGGAAUGAACAGGUAUGCAAGUACUUUGCUAGAGGGUUCGGUGGGGAUUCUUGUCAGAUUCACAUCAACACUUCAUGAUCCACAAAUGUUGUUUAUAGCAAAAUUUCACAAUUUUACAUCAGUAUUUACUAACCUGCUGGCGCAAACAUCAAGUGAUGAAGUUCAAAAGCUAUCCGCCAUUGGGUUGGAGAAACUCUCAUCAGCAUCCAUGAGUCUAUCAAAGCCCCUAGACACUAAAAGAAAAAGGGUCAUAAAAUUUCUCCACAUACCCAAGCUUCUAUCGCUAGGUUCAUCAAAGAAGGGUCAGUUACGAGUAUGCCCAGUUCAUAAAGGGGCUUGCUCUUCACAAAACACAUUCUGUUUAGUAAAUGCAAAAGCAAUUGAAAGGCUAUUGAGGUGUUUAGACAAUGAGAAGGAAGAGGUAGCUGAGGCAGCUCUGUCAGCCAUUUGUACGCUUGUGGAUGACGAAGUGGAUGUGGACAGAAGUGUGAGCCUACUAAACGAAUUUGACACAAUAAAGCAUGUCCUGAAUGUGGUGAGAAUGCACAAGCAAGAAUCUCUAUGGCAUAAAUCCUUCUGGUUGAUAGAGAAGUUCUUGCUCAAAGGUGGGGAAGUCUCACUUUCCAAUAUAUCACAGGACAGAUCAUUGCCUGCAAUAUUGGCGGCUGCUUCACAUCAAGGGAGCAGCGAAACAAGGCAGAUAGCUGAGAAGAUAUUGACCCAUUUGAAUAUGGUACCAAAUUUCUCUUCUCCUAACUAUACUCUAUGAUUAGUGUAUAUUGACACUGUACAAAUGAG